UUUAGGUAAUUAUUGCGUUUGAAGACUUUAGUGAAAGGAUGAAUGGGAUAUUUUUAGUUUGCUCUAUUUUGAUAUCGGGUAUGGUGUGGGCAGAGGCGUUUUACUACCGCUAUGACGGUGCCCACAUUUAUGGGGGUAAGCGCUACCCAGGCACCUUCCACAACUAUACCGACUGUCUGCGCAUGUGCCACAACAUGCCUAGUUGCCUAGCAACAGACUGGGACGACACCACGCUGUCGUGUUGGCUCCAUGACGCCGAGACCGCUUGCGGGAUGUUGAUCAUGAAGCCAUCUUGUAUCAGCCUGAGGAAGAGUACGGCCUGUGUUGGUGAUCCGCCCCCACAACUCUAUUACCGUUACAAUGGCUACCACAUCAAAGGAGGGGUACAAUACUCAGGGACGUUCGACAGCUUCGUGUCCUGCACGCGCAUGUGUGACGGCAUGCCUAGUUGCUUGGCAACGGAUUGGAAUCGAUACUCCAAGACGUGCUGGCUCCACACCUCGCUGACCGGAUGCGGGGAACUGAUGCCGAAGCAAAACUGCACUACUUUCAGGAAAGCGAGUGCAUGCAAAGCUGUUUCUAUGACGACGACAAUGACGUCACCUAUAAGCACGACCCGUGCAGCAGGGGUGGACCAUUCGGCGUAUUAUCAAUACCAGUAUCUGCUCUACUGCAAAAAUCUCUGCGCCUAUGACGUCAGCUGCCUCUAUACUUGCCUGCACUACAUGCAGUUUACAAUUGGGAGGAAAUGAAUACCACUGGCAAGGGCAGUUGCAGUAUAUUUAAUUCACCACUGACAUAGAUUGCAAAUAGCUGUUGUUUGAAUACGUUAUAAUCGUUUUUAAACAAAAUGUAUCAUUAUGGUCACCACAGCGGAAAUGACGUCUGACGUCACUGCCGAGAAGAUUGCUUCCAUAUCACCACAGAUUGUACAAUGCAUAAUUGCAAUCUACCCAGUCCUAGUAUUUCCAAAUAAGACCAACCUGUCAAGCGUUAUGAUAACCUAAGCAUCUCUCACAAAUGUCACAGAUAGCUUUAAUGUACAUUAACAUAUUGUUUGACGUCUGUGUGACUAUUAGUAGGGCCUAGGUCUGUUAACGAAAACGCCGAGAAACUGCCCGUUAUCUCAACCUCCGCCUCACUGAGACUUCCCAGUGGUAGCAGGAUUAUCUUUUUUAUCAUUUGUGUUUUAUUAACUUUUCAUUACGUAGCACUAGUGUUGCUAUGCUGAGUGGAAAGCUUCAGAAAUACGUCUUAUUGACGCACGGUAUGUCUUGCCCCCAAAAUUAAUACCAGGUGUAUUGAUAGUGACACAAUGAUACUAUCACAAGUCACAAUAAAGUAGCAUUAUGAUCCAUUAGCUGUGUGAUUGUCCUUUUAAUUUUAUUGUAGAUCACAACAAAUCGUCGUUGCAAUGAACUAUUGUUUGACCUUUAGUAAAAAUGUGCUAU